UAGCGUGCAGAGUACAAAUUAUUAUUGCACACUCAAAUAUUUUCCAUUGUAAAGCAAUAAAAUUAUUCGCUUCGAUGUGGAGCAGUGAAUCUUUAUAAAGCAGAAUCGAGAGGAAUCGAUCUGUCAGUCAUGAACUCGGCAACAUGAAGUUGGCCCUCGCAACUUUGUGUCUUAUCACUUUCUUGCACGUGAGCGGCGGCCAAAGGGUGUAUCUCUGGCACCCUCGGCACUUCUCCCCCGAGUGGGACGCCAGCAGCAUCCCCGCGCCCAGCAAGUGGCCGCCCUUCAUUUGGCACCCCGGCCACCCUCGCUCUGCUCCCAAAAUCCACCCUGCAAAGCCAUCGAACCGGAAAGAGCAUCAUUCUCGCGGCGGGCUGCACCACCAGAACGAAUGGGAUGCCGCGUCGCCGAUUUUUGUUGCCAUUCCCAUCCCCGUGCCCGUUCCGUCCUCGCUUAUUCCAACACCCACCCCAACAAUGCUGGCCACCCCAACGCCUCCGGCCCGUGGCGCGGCACUGGGGGUGGCUGCGGCAGCGAGCGGCCUGCAAACCACCAGCAACAGCAUCGUGCAGCCGGCCCGAGGCCCCAUUUCGGCCACGGUGACCCUUUCUGGCGCGGGCGCCGUGCCCAUCGGCGCCUCGUCCAGCACCACCACCAGCGGCCUCUUUCCCGCCCUGGCCGCGUUCCAGGCCCAGGGAGCGGCCACUUCGCCGGCCGCCCAGGCCGCCGCACAGGUAGUCGCAGCGGCCCAGGCUGCCUACAACGCCCAGGCGGCCUUCCAGGCACAAGCGGCCGAGGCCACCAGGGCUGCCACGCAAGCUGCCUACGCCCAGCAGGCGGCCCAAGUGGCCAGAAAUGCGGCCAACACCGUCACCAAUAGCCUCGGAGCGGUCGGAACUCAGUUGCCUGCUCUACCACCGUUUUAG